CCUGAAGCACCUUAUUCGUAUCGCGAAUCGAAACUACGGUAGCUGGCAUAGCGAUCGGAACAUGAAUACAGCUACAUGGCUCUUAUGCUGCGCGGCUCUUCUGGCCAGUGUCUCCAGCUUCUCAAUCCCGUUGAGACAGGAUGUGGAGACCAUUUGCAUUGGCCAGGAGAAUUUCCUAGGAAUCCCCAGUGAUGACAGCUGUAUGCAUUACUACCAAUGUUACGCGGGACGCGCUUACUUGAUACAGUGUCCUGCGGGAACUUGGUUCAAUGAAGAGGAACAGAUAUGCGACUGGAGCGAAACACCUGAAAGAUGCCGUGAAGUUGAACCCGAACCCGAACCCGAACCCGAACCCGAGCCCGAGCCCGAGCCCGAGCCCGAGCCUGAGCCCGAGCCCGAGCCCGAGCCCGAGCCCGAGCCCGAGCCCGACCCAGACCCCGAACCCGAACCCGAACCCGAACCCGAACCCGAACCCGAACCCCCGGAGCCGGAGCCGGAGCCGGAGCCGGAGCCGGAACCCGAGGACGAAGAGGGUAUAUUAUUGUUAACACGUUCAUCAAUACUCAAGUCAGUGAAACAAGAGGAGGUUCUCGAGGAAGUAGAAAUUUCAUUUCAAUUUCGUAAAGAAAAUUUAAAUAGAAAUGAAGAUAAUGAAAACUUGAGAAAGCAACAGCAUAUAGAUAAUACAUUCGAUAAUGUAGCUCAGGAGGAGAAAGAAGAUGGUGACGGGCAAAUUAUAAAACAGCGUGCUGUCAAAAAUGUUGGUGAAUCAAAACAAGAAGAUGAAAGCAAUGAACAGACUAAUGAAGAUCAAACCGAAAAUGAAGCGGAAUCUGAUGAAGAUGAUGAAAGCAGUGACGACAAUGAUACGGAAAAAGACGACGAUGUUGAUGACGAAGAAACAUCUACUCAAGACGAAAAUGAUGACGAAGAACCGGAAUUGGACGAAGCUUUUAUAAAGACAUUAUUAAAACUGUUUAAACUCGUUGCUUAA